GAUGGUCGUGGGUCAUAAUGCUGGUCGCCGUCAUAUAAGUAAAAUAUUCUUGAGUACGACGUAAACACCAAUCAAAUAAAUAAAUAACUAUGCAAGACGUGUGUUUUUGUGGGCUAUGCUCCAAGUCAAUCAAUACAUGGACCUUUUUUUGGUUUUUAAUAUUCCAGGCAAAGGUUAGAAAAUCCCUUAUAAUGAUCUCACAUUGUCUGGACUACAUUUUCUAUCUGGGAAUAUUAAUGCAGGCCUUAAAUGUCCAUGAAAACUACCAUUUAUGAAAUUGUCAGGAGAUACCCUCACUGUUCUUGUUUGCAGAUGAUGGGUUGGAAAUGUGACGUGGGUAAUAGCAAGAUGGCCAGUUCAUUGUCAGUGUAUCUGGUUGUUGUCAUUCUUCUGGUUGGAGAUCAUAGCACCUGGGUGUCUGGGAAAGAUACUACGUCCACAGGCACAACAGCAGGAUCAGUGUCUACAGUGUCGACGUCAGUAACUAUGGCGACGACAUCAUCGACAACAUCAAACGGUUCAGCAACACCAAACAGUUCAACGACGACAAACAGUAGAACAACAACAAACAGUUCAACGACAUCAAUCAAGUCAACAACAACAACACCAUUGCCAACAACAGCACAAAGUAAAACACAGGCCUCACAGUCACAGGUUACGACAGCCAAAUCAACUUCAACACAUGUGACUCCCACAACCAUCUCUCCAUCUUCAACAACAAGGGCUCCAGGAACUUUGUCUACUCCCAGUCCAGCAGGGAGAAAGAUUAUCAUUAGUAAUGUUCAUAUCAACUCUACGGGUGGUAAUACUGGAUUGGUCUCUGUACGUAUUCAAGACGUUCAUAAGAAAAAAAAUGCAAGCAUGGAGAACUUGACAGUUGAAGUCUGGAGGUCUAAUGCUACAAGCCAGGACAUAAUUAAACAGAUUCCUUUGGCAGAUGAACUGACAGACAGUCUUGGCUACCCAGUCAUCAGUCUAGGUACAGCUGUAAACCUGACUGUCACUGAUAAUUUGACCUUUGCUGUUGCUCUCUAUGACAAGUUAACAUCACCCUCGAAUAAUCGGCCUGUUGAUGCAGUUGUCUUCACAUUCUCCCAAACGCCUCCAUCUGCAUUGUUGCAGGAUUUAUUUCCUGGGGUGACCGCUGCGAUUCUACUCACACCAAAAAAUACGGAUAUAAGGCGCUGCUACUCCAAGGAAGCCAUGGAUCUAGCUGCAUUUGCUGCCAUCGCUAUGGAACCUGAGUCAACACCCAUUGGCUGUGUCGCUCCAAAGGGCCUCCUCAUUAAUGAGUUUAAGCUCUUCUCCAACAUGACAGAGAAAUUCAUAGAAAUUUACAGUUCAGGAACGCCAGAUUUUCCUCUGGAUCAAAUCAGGCUGGUUACUUUUGAUGGAGAGACAAACAAGACAGUAGGCACCGCACAGCUGCAUGGUAGAACAAAUAGCAGCACUGGCUUGUACACUGUUACCAAGGCGAUGGAGGCAUCCACAGACAACAUCACUGACCUUCUCAGUAAGCUAAAUGGGACGAGAUCUGGAGCCAUUGCUCUUUACUGGAUUCCUGAUGGAACUGCGAGCACUCCAUUCAUCCUCACGACAAAAAAUUUGUUGGACAUUGUGGUCUAUGGGAACCUUGGGAGCAAUGCUAGCCAGUCAUUUUUAACGGCUGUCAACAAGACCCAGGUGAACUUGCCUCAGAUGUCCUUGGAACGUGACCUGUCUAUGAGCUACUGUCCCCAACAACCGGAGAUGUUUGUGUCCAUGACGCCCAGCCCCGGGAAGGAGAAUCCAUGCCCAGGAUCUGCCACUACUCGGUCGCCAUCCCAGACAACGUUACCAUCCAAAACAUCAGCCCAAACAACAUCACCAGCCCAAACAACGUCACCAGCCCAAACAACAUCACCAGCCCAAACAACAUUACCAACCCAAACAUCACCAGCCCAAACAACAUCACCAGCCCAAACGUCACCAGCCCAAACAAAGUCAACAGCCCAAACAACAUUACCAACCCAAACAUCACCAGCCCAAACAACAUCACCAGCCCAAACAACGUCACCAGCCCAAACAACGUCACCAGCCCCCACAACAUCAUCAGCCCCCACAACACCGUCUACAUCAUUGCCCCCAGCAGGUGUUAGCCUUGUAAUCAACGAAGUGUACCUGGGGAAGUCAGCGACUGAAGAUUAUGUGGAACUAAAGGGAGCAGAUAAUCUGGCUCUUGAUGGCUUGUUACUGGUCAGCCUUACAGGGAACCCAAUCAACAUUACAACAGUCUACAAACUAGAGGGAAAAAUGACCUCACCUCUGUACUUAGUUGAAGCUACCCCUGAUGGUGCUGGUCAGAAGAGUCUGAAGCUGAAUCGUGACCCUGAGGUCAGCAGUGCCGUGGUUCUCUACAGGCUGGCUCAUGCAGAUGCGAACAUCCCUGAUUUUGAACAGCUCCAACAUAAUGCCAUGGCCCUGGACUUCGUGGUGUACAGCGCCACUGCAUCAGACUCACCUAGUGCUUUGAUGAAGGCUCUGGACGGUGCUGCUAGCAAACAGACAGGCAUACAGAUGAAACCUAAUAAUGAGACUGCAAUAUCUAGAUGUGUGCCCAGUGUCUUGAAGAUGAUGAGAGCCUUCUGGCUGAUGCCAGCAACGAAAAAUGUGACCAACAAAUGUCAGGUUCCAAAGGUUGUGAUUAAUGAAGUCAGUAUGAACGGAUCGGUGUUUGUGGAACUGUACGAUUUAGGAGCGGGAAACACAUCUCUCAAUCCCUUUGUGCUUGUGUCCUUCAACGGAACCUCCCCGUCCUCUCCCACACCGGUUGAUCUUUGGAAUCAAAAGACAAAUAGCAGUGGCUAUUUUCUUCUGGGACCUAAGGGAGGCAGCUUCACACCUAAUAAGAAUCUGACAGCAAACAGUUCAUUUUGGGCAUUGAAGCCUGGGGCUAUUGCCCUGUACAAGACCCCUCCAAAAAAAUUGGAUAAAACAGAAUGGCUGUCAAAUGCGAGAUUAAGUGAUGUGAUCGAUGCUGUAGUGUUUGGACGUUUGGAGAGCCAAGUGAAGGCAUUGAUCUCUUCUCUCACACCUGCUGGAAGUUUUGUGAAUAUAUCAAAGCCUUCUGAGAAGGCUUGGAGUGUAUCUCGGUGCCUCUACUGCAAUUUCACCAGGAAAGGUUUAGUCUUCUCGCUAUCCCAGCCCACACCUGGAAAGAGCAACACCUGUCCUAAGAACUACUUCAACUCGUUACCUGCACUUCCUAAAGUACUUAUUAAUGAGGUCAAUGUUGAUCCACCAAGCAAGAUGGAGCUUGGGUUUGUGGAAUUGAAAGGUCUCAAAUCAACAUAUCUGCAGGGAUUUGUCUUGGUGCUUUACAAUGCCACUGAUGGGAAGUCUUACUACAACCAGUCUCUGGAGAAUUUUAAGACAGAUGAGAAUGGUUACUUCCUCCUGGGAGGAUCGGAAGACCAGAAACCAAAUGUAGUCUUCUCUCAACCGUAUGCAGAGUUGGGUGCUGUAGCCCUUUACGAUGGACGUCAGUGGCAGUGCUCUGCGCCCAGUGAGAUGACACCCAGCCGUGUGGUAGAUGCUGUUGUGUACUCAACCUUAUCCAACAUGACCACGCCAUUUGUCCAAGCUAUUCUGAACAAUCUCCCUGUGGACAAGAAGCUUAUCACCAAGGAUCGUGUAGUGUAUAAAUCUAAUGAAUCAAUCAGCAGAUGCAGUGACCAGUAUGCUCGAAAUUCCACGCAGUUCAUUAUAGCUCUUACAUCACCGGGACAAGCAAACAAUUGCCCAUCUGAUAAGUAUCAGAGAAGAAUCGCGUUCAAGCUGGAGACUGACUGUAAAGAGUUUUUUAAGAUUCCAAAUUAUUCUGUGAUGGUGACCUCCUACAUCAUUGUGAAUGUGAACAGCCGAUGCCAGUGUGGCUUUUCUGAGGCCAACUUAAAGAAUGUGACGUUCAGCUGUGGGAGUGUGCUGAUGGAAGCCAAUAUUUAUGCAACAAGCGACUCGCAGAGAGAAAACAUCUGGCAACAUUACAAGGCGUUUGUGAAGUCUUCCAAGACUGUCACCUUUGCCAACCACAGUUACACAGUGAAUAGCAGCUGCUUCAGCUUUUGCAGUCCUGUUUCUCCAUCAGGGGGUAAUAACCCUAAAAUAACAGUGGCUGUGGUGGUGACUUGUGUGGUUGUUUUCUUCUUCAUCGUUCUGGCUGUUGUUGUCUAUAUGAAGAGGAAACGCCGAGGCAUCCAGUAUGUAUUUGAUAGAAAGAUUCAGAAGGGUCAGCUCUCAAAGCUUUGUGUUCUUACCACAGUCUUAGUAAAUACACAUGUUAAUGGGGAUUAAACAUCUUCAGACCUGCAUCCUAACUCACAUGGGAUAUCA